AUGGAGACUGCCUUCGCGAAGCCGGCUGGCGAUGUCCUCGCCAGCUUCAACGUGAACGAAAAUACUGGCCUCAGUGACGCGCAGGUCACUGAAUUACGCAGCAAACAUGGGCGCAACUCCAUUCCCGAGGAGCCUCCCACUCCCCUCUGGGAACUUAUUCUCGAGCAAUUCAAGGACCAACUUGUCAUUAUCCUUCUCGGUUCCGCCGCUGUAUCUUUUGUUCUAGCCUUGUUCGACGAGGAAGAAGGAUGGAGCGCCUUUGUCGACCCCAUUGUUAUCCUUACCAUCCUCAUCCUCAACGGUGUUGUCGGAGUCUCCCAGGAAAGCAGCGCCGAGAAGGCCAUCGCCGCCUUGCAAGAAUAUUCGGCCAACGAAGCCAAUGUGGUGCGAAACGGUGGCCAGGUCUCACGAGUAAAAGCCGAAGAGCUGGUCCCCGGUGAUAUUGUUACUGUCCACAUCGGUGACCGUAUCCCUGCCGAUUGCCGACUUGUCUCUAUCGAAAGCAACAGUUUCUCUGUCGACCAAGCAGUUCUUACUGGAGAGAGUGAGAGUGUCGGAAAACGCGCUUCCACGGUUGUCGAAGACGACAAGGCCGUUCUACAGGAUCAGACCAACAUGUUGUUCUCUGGAACAACAGUGGUUACCGGUCGCGCUCGAGCCGUCGUCGUCCUCACUGGUUCCAACACCGCCAUCGGAGAUAUUCACGAGAGCAUCACUGCUCAGAUCUCGGAGCCCACCCCCUUGAAGCAGAAGCUUAACGAUUUUGGUGACAAACUAGCCAAGGUCAUUACUGUCAUCUGUAUCCUGGUCUGGCUCAUCAACAUCCCCAACUUUAACGACCCUAGUCACGGUAACUGGACCAAGGGUGCCAUCUACUACCUCAAGAUUGCCGUCUCUCUUGGUGUCGCCGCUAUCCCUGAGGGCUUGGCUGUUGUUAUUACCACCUGUUUGGCUCUUGGAACGAGAAAGAUGGCCGCGAAGAACGCUGUGGUCCGAAGCCUUCCCUCUGUCGAGACUCUUGGAAGCUGCAGUGUCAUCUGCUCCGACAAGACUGGUACCUUGACCACCAACCAAAUGAGUGUGAACAAGGUUGUGCAUCUGAACGAAGACGGUAGCGAUCUUAGCGAGCUUGAUGUUGAGGGCACUACUUUCGCUCCUCGAGGAUCCAUCAAGGCCAGCGGUGUCAUCGUUCGGGACCUUCAUGUCACGUCCAACACAAUUCGUCAAAUGACCCAGGUCGCCGCCAUCUGCAACGACGCCCAGCUUGCUUACGAUUCCCAAUCUGCCACCUUUUCCAGCAUCGGUGAACCCACCGAGGGCGCUCUUCGAGUUCUCGUCGAGAAGAUUGGACCUUGCGCUCCCACCGAUACCCGCCCCGAAGAUUGUGUUCAUUAUGCCAGCGCUGCCUACCAGAAGGAACUUCCCCGUCUCGCCACAUACGAAUUCUCCCGUGAUCGCAAGAGCAUGUCCGUCUUGGUUGGCAGUGGCAGCAACAAGAAGCUCCUGGUCAAGGGUGCUCCCGAGUCUGUCAUCGAUCGCUGCACAGAGACCCUCGUUGGCUCCAAUGGCAAAAAGGUCCCCCUCACCAAGAAGAUUUCAGACCGUUUGAUGACUGAGAUUGUACGAUACGGCAACAACGGUCUCCGAGUUAUCGCCUUCGCCAGCAUUGACAACGUGCCCGAGAACCCUCUUCUCCAGACCGCUGAUACCACCGAGCAAUACGCUCAGCUUGAACAAAAGAUGACUUUCCUCGGACUUGUUUGCAUGCUUGACCCUCCUCGUGAGGAGGUCCCUCAUGCUGUUAAGCAAUGCAAGGACGCUGGUAUCCGUGUCAUUGUUAUCACUGGCGACAACCGCAACACUGCUGAGAGCAUCUGCCGACAGAUUGGUGUCUUUGGCCAGCACGAGGACCUCACUGGAAAGAGCUACACUGGCCGCGAGUUUGAUCAACUCUCUCCUAACGAGCAACUCGAGGCAGCCAAGUGUGCCUCUCUGUUCUCCCGUGUUGAGCCCAGCCACAAGUCCCGACUGGUCGAUCUCCUUCAGUCUCUUGGCGAAGUUGUUGCCAUGACUGGUGAUGGUGUCAAUGACGCUCCUGCUCUGAAGAAGGCUGAUAUCGGUGUUGCCAUGGGUUCUGGAACCGAUGUCUCCAAGCUGGCCGCCGACAUGGUCCUCGCUGACAGCAACUUUGCCACUAUCGAGGUCGCUAUUGAGGAGGGACGCUCCAUCUACAACAACACUCAACAGUUCAUCCGUUAUCUCAUCUCCUCCAACAUUGGCGAAGUUGUUUCCAUCUUCCUCACGGCUGCUCUUGGCAUGCCCGAAGCCCUGGUUCCUGUUCAGCUUCUUUGGGUAAACCUUGUCACCGAUGGUCUUCCUGCCACCGCUCUGUCUUUCAACCCUCCUGAUCACGACAUCAUGAAGCGUCGCCCUCGCAAGCGAGACGAACCCCUCAUUGGUGGCUGGCUGUUCUUCCGUUAUCUCGUCAUUGGUACAUACGUUGGUCUUGCUACUGUUGCUGGAUACGCCUGGUGGUUCAUGUACAACACGGAGGGCCCCCAGAUCACUUUCCGCCAGCUCACUCGCUUCCACCACUGCUCAGCUGAAUACCCUGAGAUCGGCUGCGCUAUGUUCUCCAACAACAUGGCCAAGUCGGCUUCGACUGUCUCGUUGUCUAUCCUGGUCGUCAUUGAGAUGUUCAACGCCAUCAACGCCCUGUCAUCCAGUGAAUCCCUUCUCACUCUGCCUCUGUGGAAGAACAUGAUGCUCGUCUACGCCAUUGCUCUGUCCAUGGCCCUUCACUUCGCCCUCCUCUACAUUCCCUUCCUUCAGGGUCUGUUUUCCAUUGUUCCCCUUAACACCCUGGAGUGGAAGGCAGUUGUUCUUAUUAGUGCCCCAGUUGUGCUCCUCGACGAGAUACUCAAGGCUAUUGAGCGACAGUUUUUCAUGCAGACAACAAUCGACGUUUCCCUCAAGACAAAGAAAGAGCAAUAG